AAAACAGUUUUUACCUGAACUUGGACCGGCUAACAUGCAGACCUGUGCCGUGACGGUGGCGAUUAUUUUUCUGGCCAGCAGUUGCUUGGCCGCCCCUGCUAAGCAGGAAAGAGUCGAGACCGAUCCGGAGCUGACAGCUGGCUACAUUCAGGGGGAUAUGGUUCCCAGACCCGAUGCUAGAAAUGGUCUGCGUGAUGAAACCUAUAGGUGGCCAAAUAAGAUUAUCUACUAUUAUAUCAACAGGAAUAUUGAUACCGAUCAUCGCAACCAUAUUCUUCGAGGCAUCCGAAUCAUUGAGCAGAACUCCUGCCUGAAUUUCAAAGAAGCCACCACGGAUCAGGACUACUACAUAAACGUCACAUCGGAGGCUGGCGGAUGCUACUCCUACGUGGGCUACCUGAAUAGGGUGCAGCAAUUGAAUCUGCAGAAUUACGAUCUGGAUGCCGGUUGCUUUCGCCUGGGAACCAUUGUCCACGAGUUUCUCCAUGCCUUGGGAUUCUAUCACCAGCACAGCACGUGGAAUCGGGAUGAAUAUGUCAGAAUCGCAGAGGAAAAUAUAACCGAAGGCACUGAGGGAAACUUUAACAAGUACGACAACGAGACCGUAGAUGAUUACAACGAACCCUACGACUACGGAAGUGUCCUGCACUACACGGCGUAUGCAUUCUCCAAGAACGGCGAGAUGACCAUCGUCCCGCUGCAGGAAGGAGCCGAGGAGCUCAUGGGUCAGCGACUGCAAAUGUCCCAGUCCGACAUUAAUAAGCUGAACACCAUGUAUAAGUGUCCAAGACAGGUUUAAAACUUUCAAAAUAUAUUUAAUGCCAAAGGUAUAGUUAUCUAACUUAAAUGAUAAAUACGAUAUACUAUUUGUAAAAACUAUAUUUUUGUAAUUAGAAAAAUCUUAAAUGAUCCAACAAAUAUGUGUAAUAGAAGUGGUAAAAGGUAAAAUACCGGUGACGAACCUGCAUGCCAAGCGCAAAAUGGCUAAUAUCAAUUUUGUUGAGAAAAAAAUGCUUGUUGUAUUUUUGUAUAUGGGUAUUUCUCCAGAAAGGUCAACCGCGACAAAAAAAUUUGAAGUCAAUAAAAGAAUGUUUUUUUCACACAUUUUUAUAGGGAACCUA